AUGAAAAAUCCACGUCCCUGUGCAGAUUCCGAGAGCAAAUUCGGAUUCCACUGCAUUGAGGUCGGCGAGGGCUACUAUUGUGCAGACAAAUUGAGCGAUCCGAUGAGUGAGCGGUUUGCCGGACCAAAGGACGGCAUCGUCAGCUUCGACAACUUCCUGUACUCCAUGCUGACGGUGUUUGUGUGCAUCACCAUGGAGGGCUGGACAACCACCGGCUACUGGGUUAGCAGUUUGUCCAUUAACAGUGAAGUUGUAGUUGUCCUUCUGCCUCGGCUAAGGUUUGGGCUGCCCCAGCGGCUGCCCUUAGAGGAUGUCACGUCAGCAGGCAGACACUAUUUCUUAGUACAGUGGUUCCAAAACUUUUCCUAG